UGUGUUACAUUUCAUUGUUCGCAAUGCAACCUUGGAUAAAGAUAGCAGUAGCACUGUAACUGUAGCCACUCCAACAACACCCUCUGCAGGCAACACUGCUAAUCAAAUAGCCGACUGCUCACACUCAGCAAGUCUAGCGCUGUUAGCAUUACUGCUACUGUUAUGAAGGAUACAUUAUGACCAUCAGAAUAGGCGCGUUUGUAUCAAGCUGUUACAUUGUUGCCAUUGCUCACCGGAAAGCUGUAUGUUACAGUUCAAAGGGAAGAGUUUCGCAGUCCUUCGGGAAAUGCCAUGGCAUCAUUCAGUACGUCGGAGUUGUUCCAGGAGUUGGCACUGGGUUGUGUGAUCCCUGCUGCUCAGCAAGGCUUUGAUCAAGUAUGGCAGCUGCUUCUUGUAUGCCUACUGUGUCGCCUUUUCUGUAGGACAGGUGUGCCAACGAAUGCGAAGCACCUGUGCUCACUGGUGGCGGGGGUGUAUGUCCUGUACCAGUUCUUCGAGACGCACAUGGUGUGGGUGGUGCUUCUGAGUGCCCUCUGCUACCUCACCCUCUUCCUGGUCUGCUACUCCAACAGCCGAGGCACUUUCCUCUCCCUCGCUGUCCUCAUCUACCUGCUAGUGGGGGAGCUACAUCUGGUGGAUCCUGCUACCUGGCUGAAAAUUAGAGGUUCCCAGAUGGUGGUGGCGAUGAAGGCUAUCUCGCUGGCCUUUGAUUUGGACAGAGGUGCUGUGUCUGCGUUCCCCUCGCUCCUGGAGUUCAUGGGUUACAUCCUGUACGUGGGUACGGUCAUCUUUGGUCCCUGGAUCAGCUUUGCGAGUUACAAAGAUGCGAUGGAGAGCCGUAAGCUGAAAUUUUCCUGGUUUGCAAAGAUCUCUGGGAGCUGGGUGAAGUGCCAGUUGUGCCUUGUGGUGUCCACCUGCAUUGCACCGUAUCUCUUCCCCUACUUGAUACCAGUAGAGGGAGGGGAAACUCUUGACAGGUGGCUGGAUGCCUAUGAGAAUGCAAUAUCCUUCCACUACAGUCACUACUUUGUGAGCUUCCUGAGUGAGACCACCACCACACUGGCGGGAGCUGGCUUCACCGACAACAAGGACAAUGUCAAAUGGGAUAUGACGGUGGCAAACCCUGUCAAUGUGGAGCUUCCCAGAUCCAUGGUAGAGGUGGUGUCGUCCUGGAACGUGCCCAUGUCUCGUUGGUUGAAUACAUAUGUUUUCAAAAGUGCACUUAAACUGGGAACGUUUCCUGCCAUUUUGGUGACCUACACGGCCAGUGCCUUACUUCAUGGCCUCAGUUUCCACUUGGGAGCAGUGCUGUUGUCCCUUGGGUUCAUCACCUAUGUGGAGCAUGUCCUCAGGAAGCGCUUGGCUGUCAUCUUCAGUGCCUGCAUCCUGUCCAAGAGUUGCCCUCCUGAGUGCACUCAUCAAAACAAGAAGUCUCUGUGGGUGUAUGGCAUCAAUGUAACCUUCAGUGUUCUGGCAAUUUUCCACCUGACCUACCUGGGUUCUCUGUUUGACUCCGACCUGGACAACAUGGACAACGUGGAGAACAGCAUGGAUCCUGGAGAGGGGUUCCUGGCCAGUCACACCAUUCAGAAAUGGUCAGAGCUGAGCUGGUUAAGCCACAAAGUGAUGCUCGGUUGUUUUGUCUUCUACUGGCUCAUCUGAGGAUUCCAGAAGAAGAUACUUCAGUUCAAAACUCUCACUAUGGAGAACACCAGGAACUUGAGAAGUGUAGGCUGUAUAUACAGCCCAUGGCUUUUGCAGUACAGCCUGACGUUCCACUGAAGGAUGUGAACCCUGCAUUCCUCACAUUUCAGGCAGCCAGCAGUAUCCCAAAGUUGGAGCCAUGUACAGUACUUCUUAGUCUUUUUUCAACGGUGUAGGUACAUACUAAAUACACCUUAAUGCCAGGGUGCAGACAAAGGACUGACAUUGUUGCAGUGUAUUAUAUUCAAGAUGGAUUAAUGAAUCAGUCAGUUUAUACUAAUUUUGUAUGUCUAGAAACAUGGGGGAAAUAUGUGAACUGUUUUCAUCAGAUGUAUUUAUUUUUUCUAUUAAAUGCUUAUUUCUAA